AUGUGCAAUGCUGAUAAAGACAUUUUGAGUACUGGCAAACAGUUUUGUUUCAAGUCCGAACUUGAAGUACGUCUGACCGGAAGUUCGUCACGACGCAGGAACCGGAAGUUGCGUCAGACGCUACGGAAUACGAACCGGAAGUUCUUCGGAGGAAGAGCCAGGGCAGGGGAUGCGGCCCUGAUACCGGAAGCUAGAACAAAUUGGCACCAAAACUGA